AUGGCGGUGGAGUUCGCUCGCCUACCAGAGGACAUUCGUUUGGAGGAAGAGGAGGAGCGUAGACUAAGGGAGGAGAAAAAGAUCAAGGCAGAGGAGAAGUGGAGAGCAGCAGCGGAGCAGAAACGUGAGGAGGAGCAGAAACAGCAGGACAUCGAAGAGACGCGGAGAAGGGUACGGGAGUUGACAUCAUUGGCGCACGCGGGGACGUCAAUGGUUACUAGUCAAUCCAGCACCUCCGAAGGUCCAGAGAAAUCGUGCAGCUCCUGCAUGGAGCGUAAGAGGGACUGUACCUGGACUCAGGCAUCUAGGUCCAACAGGGUAAGCAUGCUUUGGUUCUUUCUCUGGAGUAUUCUAAUAGGUGGUCCGGUAGAUCCAGAAUUGCAAUGUGUGCCGCCAGCUGAAGGCACAGUGUUCCAGGGAAAGAAGUGUCAGCGGAGUCUGGCAGAGAUGGACGACAACGUGGAGUUGAUCUCCAAUCCCCAGACUGUGAUCACGGAGGAGGGCGGAUGGACGGAGUACGACGACCAGGCCUGGGUGGCCGCUGCCAAUGACAUAGUGGCGGCGUUGGCACAGACCAACAGACUUCUGGAGCGGAGUAUCGCUGUGGCGGAGGGGAGCAGAGCGGCCAUGGAUAGGUUCGUGGAGGAAGAACUGGACGAAGUGGAGGAGGAGGUGGAGGGUGCGAGUGGUGCUGGGAUCUCUGGCGGAGAUAUGGAGACUGAUGACCUCUAG